AAUACAAUGAAUCGCUUGAGAACUUUGCUUCAGAUAUCAUGGCAGCUGUUUAAAAAUCUGUCUUGCACGCCAGUAAACUUUUCAAGCAGGAAGCUUUUUCCAUCUAUUUGUGAAGAGGACACAUAGUCAAAGAACAUUAAUUGGAUUUGGAUGACUCGGAUUACUGGAAAGUGACUGUUUCUUGGAUGGAACAUCUAAAAGAUACAAGCCGAAGAUUUUGUUAAAAUUGCAAUGCAUUUGGAACUGGCUGUUUUGAUCGCACGAUGGAGAAGAGAUUUUCCACACAAUCUUGUGUAAAUCGUCCCGUCAGUAAGAACGGGGUUUCCACACAUUUUUGUGACCUUUCUGGAUGUCCCGAAAAAUAUCUCUUAUUUCAUUUAAAAUUUGUAUAGCUUCGUUGUACUUAUCAAUUUUACAUUUGCUCAAUGCAAGCACGGGGUGUCGAGAAGUCAUGAGAGCAAACCAUUGGGAGAUUUUUUCUACAAACCAGGCGGUAGUUUGCAAAUGAGGAACAUCAGCAAGAAAAUACAACUUUCUGUGGGCAUCCAUCGGAUGUGGACAGCUGUUGCUCACAUCGGUAUGACGACCUGCACUUAUAUUAAACGAUGCCCACAGUGCACGGUUUGCAGUACCCAUGUCAGAUGUAACAGCAGUCACUAUAAGCACCAUUUACCGAAUUUCCUGUAAAAUAAUAGGCAACAAUUUGCUUCCACCGUACAGUGACUCCUGCCAGCAUAAAGACAAGUGCAUGGGUUGCAAUAUCUGGUUUGUGCCCUGGCAAAGUGACAUUUCCGAUGAACUGGUUAGUGGAAACAUCGUGGACUUUUGCAGUAAAUCAAAAAUGUCACUUUGUAUUUCACUGGAGAAGCUAAUAUGCUGCAUUCGUCGAGAGAGUGUUCGGAGUGAUGUAACCUGGAACAUCGAUCAACUUUGCUAUGUAAAGUCUGCGGUGAGCAAAGAGGAUACUGUGCCGAGGAAUUUGGCGAGGAGGUGGAAGGAAAGUGAGAUGGCUCGGGCGAGGAGUUUGUCCAGGAUACUGACGAUGACUUUGGAGAGGGACUGGUAAGGCAGCCGGCACCAGCUUCGCGGUAAGCCCCACUGAGCGGUCCCGCUGCUUACUUCCGACACACUGGAUGAAAAGGGAUGGAACUGCGGUUAUUUUCAAUUUUCGGGAACCAUCUUCGCGUGUUCGCUCCCAAGCGUCUUUAGCGAAAUGUACCUGGAGAUUUGUUGGAAGACAUGAAAUGUUUCGUGGACUGUGGACUCAUAUACUAAUCCACAUAGUAAUAAAAAUCUUGGAUUAGGAUAAUUCAGAGA